AUGAGAGGUGAUGAUAUGAAUGUUAAUCUUCUCUCUUUAGAUUCUCUCAGUUUGAUUGAAGAUUCAGAUCAUGUGAUGGUGGAUGAUGAAUGUGACACAGACGCUGGAGGUAACGUGAACGUUUGGAUCAAAUCCCCUUUAUCAAGUGUGAAGCACAGUGUGAAGGAUGUGCCGUCUACUGGAGAAUUAUACCUGCAGGCGUGUAAACUGGUCGGUGUGGUGCCCGUCAGAUAUUUUCUCAGACAUCUGGGCUGUGACACCAUUAAUAUGAAUCAUCAUGGACUGGGUCCUCUGGGAGGGAAAGCUCUGGCCAUCGCUCUUGUGACAGACAUGAACAUCACAACCCUACAGCUCGCUGAUAACUGUCUGUCGGCUGAAGGAGCCAGAUAUCUCACCCAGAUGCUGAGGGCCAACUUCACUAUCCAACAUCUUGAUCUUUCAAACAAUAACCUGCAGUCUGCCGGUGCUGAAUGUGUUGCUAAAAUGCUCCUGGAAAACAUUUCCAUCAAAUCAUUAAAACUUUCAGGGAAUAAAUUUGCUGAAGAUGAUGCCAGAUGGUUCGCAGACACUUUUGCGAGCAACUACAGAGUCAAGGAGCUGGAUCUGAGUCACAAUCACUUCAGCCUUAGAGGAGGAGAACAUCUGGGUCAAAUGAUAGCCAACAAUGAUGGUUUGGAGGUUCUUGAUCUCAGCUGGAAUCGUCUGAGAAUGAAGGGAGCUGUAGCUUUCUGUGCCGGAUUAAAGGUCAACAGCACUCUGAAACAUUUGGAUCUGUCCUGGAACGGCUUCAGCAAUGAAGGGGCUUUAGCUUUAGGUGAAGCCCUGAAAUUCAACAACACAUUAGUGCAUCUGAACCUGAACAACAACCGCAUAACAGAUGAGGGUGUGAGCAUGCUCUGUAAGGGUCUGGAGGCCAACGACACGCUGCGAGUGCUGAAGCUGGCGUAUAACUCAUUGACAGUGGAGGGGGCUUUAACUCUCAUAAAUGUCAUCAAGAAAACGUCUAAAAGUGCCAUUGAGGAGCUCAACAUAUGUAACGUGCUGGUGAAUGAGAACUUCGUCCAGUUGUUAGAGUUGAUCUGUCAGGAGCGUCUCAGUCUGGAGGUUCAGUAUGGAGGUGUCGGGGGAUUCAUCGCCAAAAAACCUCGCAAGCGCACAGACCCCAUGAAGAUCAUUCAGGACUAUCUUGAUCAGCGGAAGCUUCGUCUGUGGGAUUUCUUCCGUCACAUUGAUAAGGACGGAACCAUGAGAGUGUCUGUCGUGGACUUCAGAAAGGCUGUUCAGCAAUCCACUAUCCCGCUGGAGAAAUUUCAGAUUGAGGAACUGAUUCAGAGGCUGGACAGAGACGGCACAGGCAUUGUGGAUUACAGAGGCUUGGCGGACACGCGGAAGCAGAUGAUGCGAGAUCACCGUCGGCAGCUGAGGAAAGUGGAGUCUCGACAGAAGAAGGAGAAACAGAAGAGCGACAGAAUCCUGAAGACCUUCGAGAGCGCCGUGGAGGCAGUGACCCCUCGCAGCUCCAUGAUAAUCUCACCCAGCGGUGCCAGAGAAGACUGGACCGGCCCGCGGCACUUCUCUGCCACCCCGCUGAGCUCCUGGCAUCACAUUAUCAUGUCCAACAGCAGCCGUUACUCCGUCCAGAAUAUGAGCAGCGAGCACGUCCACCUGCCCAUGAUAGGCGGCGCCACGCCAUACAAACCUCCCAGCUCAGCGGACGUGCGCUCGUAUUCCCAACCCAACCUCUCCUCCAGCGGCACCAAACCCGCCAUCAGCAAACCGACAUCAGCUCAGAGGAUUCACUCCACAUCUAACCCUAGUGUGAUGAGUCCCACAGCUAACCUGACCCGCUCCAGACCUGCAAUAAACACUCAAGACGCCGCUAAAGCAGGAGUUAAGAGCAAAAAGAAGAAGAAAAGGAAAGAUGUCAUUUCAAAAGGAAAAAGUGAAACUAAUGCAUGA